AUGGUCCCCAAGAAGAAGACGCCCGCCACCGGCGAAUUGCUGAUCUCUGUUGCAGAAUUCAAUCGGACAAGAGACCACGUUCUGGGCUCUCUUCACAGCCUCCAGAAUGGCCUCGUCAACGUACAGCACCAGAUCACCGUCCUCAUGGACCACUACAACAAGCACUGCGCAUCAGUCCUCGGCAUCGAAAAAGACGACGUCUCAACCGAGAACGAUGCUAUCACAAGUACCAUCAAGACCGCCGCGAAUGUUGUAGAGAGUGGCCAAAAGCUCAUGGACAGCGUAGCCGGAGACGUUGGCGCGCCUGCUGAGAAGACAAUUGACGGCGUCAAGAGCAAGAAGCGCAAGCGCGAGAAGAAGGAAAAGGACCCCAAUGCGCCCAAGAAGCCCCUCACUGCUGCUUUCCUCUACCACCAACACGCGCGUCCCAUCGUCAAGGCGGAUCUGGAGGCAGCGCUCGCUCCCGGUGGCACACUCGCUCCAGCCGCCGUCCAGACCGAGGUCAACAGGCGCUGGGCUGAGCUCUCCGACGCGGAGAAGGAGGUAAGCACACAAUCACAAAACCCGACAAUCGACGUCUCACUAACCCAAUCACAGGAAUGGAAAGCAUCCUACCGCAACUCCAUGGAAGAGUGGAAAGUGCAAAUGGCCGAAUACGUCAAGCAAAAGGGCAUCAAGGACGCCGAAAUCGAAGAAGACGACGCGUCCGAGGAAGGCGAACCAGAAAUCGAAGCCGAAGUCGAAGCCGGCGCCGCAGACACAGACGCCUCUUCCGAAGACGAAGACGAAGCACCCGCCAAAGCCCCCUCUCCCCCCGCAAAGACACCACGCAAGCGCCAGAAGACCACGCCCGCUGUAAACGGCAACUCAAUCCCCGUCUCCAUCGCGCCCGCCACAGCCUCCACGCCCGUCCCCCUGCCUACCUCGCGCUCCGCACCGCAAGCCUCCGCUUCAACCGCCCCCGCCGUCGCCGAAACCCCCGCAAAGAAAGACAAGAAGAAGAAGGAGAAAUCCGCGCCGCAGCCCAUCGCUCCCGCCCCAGCUUCCUCUCACGACGAACCCACUCCCCCCGAGGAGACUGGCGCCGCGAAGAAGAAGGCUAAGUCUGGGCGUAGCACGCGCAACACGGAGCUGGAAGGCGAUAAAGAGAACGCGGCGGCGGCGCAGGAGAAGGAGAAGGCGGAGAAGGCUGGUAAGGAGAAGAAGCGCGAUCGGAGUAAGAGGAAGAGCGAGGUCGCUUCGUCUUAG